UUGAGUUUUACAAAGAGAAUUCUCUUUCUCUUUCUCUCUCUGUGACGCGAGAUCGCAGGCGCUCGUAUUUGUGCUAGUGAAAAAUGGGGUUCCAGAAGAUCUCCGUCGUCGCCAAUAUGAUACAAUUAUUGUUUCUAAUUGGCUUCUUUCUACUCCCACCGGCGUUUGCGUCCACAUCCGGCAGGAAUGCUGAUGGCUAUUCUAUUAAUGGUCGUGUGAAGAUACCGGGUUUUGGCACAAAAGGACUUGGACUUCCUGGAAAAAUAUCAAAUGUUAAGGUUAUCCUUAAUGGUGGCCAAAUAGUCUCUUUUCUCGGCCCUGAUGGAUAUUUUUCAUUUCACAAUGUCCUAGCUGGUACGCAUCUCAUUGAAGUCAGUGCAAUGGGUUAUUUCUUUUCUCCUGUUCGUGUGGAUGUCAGUGCGAGACACCCCGGUAAGGUCCAGGCAGCACUUACAGAGAACAGGAGGGGAUUGAAUGAACUGGUUUUGGAACCUUUGAGUGAAGAACAAUAUUUUGAGAUGAGGGAACCGUUUUCAGUGAUGUCUCUUGUGAAAAGCCCAAUGGGUAUGAUGAUAGGAUUCAUGGUAUUUGCAAUGGUUCUAAUGCCAAAGCUGAUGGAGAACAUCGAUCCUGAGGAGAUGAAGCGAGCGCAGGAAGAGAUGAGAAGCCAAGGGGUUCCGUCUCUUUCUAGCUUGUUACCUGGAGCUGGAGCUGCUGCUGCUGCAAGGAGCUGAAGACAAUAACCAAUUAACAAGAAGGCGUCUUGGCUAAGUCUCCUCUACUUUUAUUGUUCUUUUGAAGGAGGUAUUGGUUGUAGGAAAUUCAGACGAAUUACUCUUGUUUAAAGAGAAUUGAUGGAUCUGCUUAACUUUUUUGGAUUAUGUUAUGAAGCCUAGGAGAAGUAGUUCUUCAAUUCUCAUUACACAUAUAAAACUUAUACUGCCUCUCAUUUAUUUUAAAGAAUUGUAUUUGUGUU